AGCCGAAAGGGCAGUCUUAGUACUCAUGCGGGAAUACAUCCUGGAUUAAGGCAUUUUCAGUGUAAUGUAUGUGACUCGGCAUUUAGCGACAAUACUAGCCUUAGGCGACACCUGAGAAUACAUACUGGAGAAAAACCUUUUAAAUGUGAAGUGUGUUUUAGUUCUAUCAGCCUAAAGUGUUAUCAAAAAGAAAAACAUGAGAAAAACCAUAUAAAUGUGAUAAAUAUAAUAGUGCUUUUAGUCAAAAAGGUAGUCUUAGUGCUCAUGUGAGAAUACAAACUGGAGAAAAGCCAUUUCAGUGUAAUGUAUGCGAGACGGCAUUUAGCUACAAAAAGUAUUAUGCGCUGCAUUUAUAGGUCUACUGAAGGUGGAUUGAAUCUCAACACAAUGUUCCGUUUUAUAUUUUAAUGUUAAUCUUUCUUAGUGGAAUACCACAAAUAAUAUAUAACAUAUACACAGGUUAUCCUUAUGUUAACAAAUAGAUAUUGAAAAACAGUAACAAAUAUUUCUAGUGGAAAGCCACAAUGUUAUCACUUGGAAAUCCAAAAUCUAACUAUCUAAAAAAAAUUUUUUUACAUGUAUCUUUACAACAUUUCUAAAUAGGAUUUCGUUUUAAACUGACCAAUAGAAUUUUAACAUUUUUGUGUCUUAAAUAACAAAAUGACCAAUCAGGUUUUACUACAAAAUAUGGUAACAUAGCAACAUAGAAUUUAUAACAACAAUCAUCACCUGGACAUUUUAUCAGUCAUAAGGUUUAACAACUUAUAAAGUACAGACGACUAAAUUGACAUUAUCACCUAAAUAUAAUAAAACUUUUAGCACUGUUGAUUGGACAAAGAGGAAAAGCCAUAUUUAAUCUUCUGGUUACAUAAAUAUUAAUUUGACAUCUGUUAUUAAAACAUAUAAUAUUUGUAACUUAACAUAUUUGAAAUUUCACACAUUGUUCUGAAAAUUUGACCUUUUAGAAAAUGAUUAUUGGCCGGGUUGCACUGGUGCAAACCCUGGUUAUAGUAUGGUGAAUGUUGGGCGGCGGGCGUCCGGGCGGGCGGCGGGCGGGCGGGGAAAAAACUUUCGUAACAGUUUUCUCAGCAACUACUUAUCACAGCCUUUUGAUAUUUGGUAUACAGCAUCAAUUCAUGGUCCCAUACUGUGGGAUUUGAUUUCAGGUCUGUCGCUCAUCUACUUCCUGUUUGCUGACCUACUUAAAUUUUCAGCAUUAAUGGUCAAUGGUAGGAAAUUUUCGUAACAGUUUUCUCAGCAACUACUUAUCACAGCCUCUUGAUAUUUAGCAUACAGCAUUGACACAUGGUCCCAUACCGUGGGAUUUGAUUUCAGGUCUGUCGCUCAUCCACUUCCUGUUUAUCCACUUAGUUAAAUUAGUUAGAUUUUUCGACAUUAAUGGUCAAUGGUAGGAAAUUUUCGUAACAGUUUUCUCAGCAACUACUUAUCACAGCCUCUUGAUAUUUAGCAUACAGCAUUGACACAUGGUCCCAUACCGUGGGAUUUGAUUUCAGGUCUAUCGCUCAUCCACUUCCUGUUUAUCCACUUAGUUAAAUUAGUUAGAUUUUUCGACAUUAAUGGUCAAUGGUAGGAAAUUUUCGUAACAGUUUUCUCAGCAACUACUUAUCACAGCCUCUUGAUAUUUGGCAUACAGCAUUGACACAUGGUCCCAUACUGUGGGAUUUGAUUUCAGGUCUGUCGCUCAUCCACUUCCUGUUUAUCCACUUAGUUAAAUUAGUUAGAUUUUUCGACAUUGAUGGUCAAUGGUAGGAAAUUUUCGUAACAGUUUUCUCAGCAACUACUAAUCACAGCCUCUUGAUAUUUGGCAUACAGCAUUGACACAUGGUCCCAUACCGUGGAAUUGGAUUUCAGGUCUGUCGCUCAUCCACUUCCUGUUAAUCCACUUAGUUGAAUUAGUUAGAUUUUUCGACAUUAAUGGUCAAUGGUAGGAAAUUUUCGUAACAGUUUUCUCAGCAACUACUUAUCACAGCCUCUUGAUAUUUAGCAUACAGCAUUGACACAUAGUCCCAUACCGUGGGAUUUGAUUUCAGGUCUGUCGCUCAUCCACUUCCUGUUUAUCCACUUAGUUAAAUUAGUUAGAUUUUUCGACAUAAAUGGUCAAGGGUAGGAAAUUUUCGUAACAGUUUUCUCAGCAACUACUUAUCACAGCCUCUUGAUAUUUCGCAUACAGCAUUGACACAUGGUCCCAUACCGUGGGAUUUGAUUUCAGGUCUGUCGCUCAUCCACUUCCUGUUUAUCCACUUAGUUAAAUUAGUUAGAUUUUUCGACAUUAAUGGUCAAUGGUAGGAAAUUUUCGUAACAGUUUUCUCAGCAACUACUUAUCACAGCCUCUUGAUAUUUGGCAUACAGCAUUGACACAUGGUCCCAUACUGUGGGAUUUGAUUUCAGGUCUGUCGCUCAUCCACUUCCUGUUUAUCCACUUAGUUAAAUUAGUUAGAUUUUUCGACAUUAAUGGUCAAUGGUAGGAAAUUUUCGUAACAGUUUUCUCAGCAACUACUUAUCACAGCCUCUUGAUAUUUGGCAUACAGCAUUGACACAUGGUCCCAUACUGUGGGAUUUGAUUUCAAGUCUGCAGCUCAUCCACUUCCUGUUCACAUUUAUGGUCACUGGUAGGAAAUUUUCGUAACAUUUUUCUCAGAAACUACUAAUCACAGCCUCUUGAUUUUGGCAUACAGCAUUGACACAUGGUCCCAUACUGUGGGAUUCCAUUUUAGGUGUGUGUAGCUCAUCCACUUCCUGUAUACCCUACUGAAUUAAAUUUUCGACAUUAAUGGGUCAAUGGAAUUUUUUUUUCGUAACAUCACAGCCUCAUGAUAUUUGGUGUACAAAUGCAACCCGGCCUUUUCUGUCUUUGACCCAUUUUAUUUAUAAAUAUUUUUGUUUAAAAGAAAAUCAUCAUGCAUAUUUAUUCAUUUAUUUUUUUAAAAGAAUUUUAUCAUUUUUCUGCUGCACAACACUUCUCCCUCCUUUAAGAUUAUUUCACUCCUGUGAAAUGAAGUAUAAAUAUGUAUAUAACAAAAAUAAAUAUCAUUAAAUUAGAAUACUGUUUACGUAAGAUAUUCAGUUACAGAAAUAUAUUGUGAACAUAAAGCACCGAUUUUGCUGAAAAGCAUAAAUACCAUCCACUUAUAAUAUAUCAUACAUGUAUGUCACUGAUUUAUUGUAAACAAUAAACUUUCAAUAACGUCUACUUCUGUUAUACUGCCCCCUCUGUCCUUGCUGUCUUCCAUGAUGAAAUUUGCUUCCUGAUCUAUACUCGUGUGGGAACCCGGUUUCACAUGCUGUUGAAAGGUCCUGAUUACUAUUUCCUCUUUUACGACAAAGAUAUUUUGUUCUGUCUCUAAGCUGAGUAAUCUCAUCUGUCAAGGUUUGGUUUUUAUUUUUGAGGUCAUCUAUUUGGUCAUUCAAUGAUUCUGUCAUCAAUGCUUCGUCAUAAGCUUUCUGUUUGUAUUGGAGUCUCAAUUCUACAUAAUCAUCACUCAAUUUCUUAUAUUCUAAAAUAAGUUUGUCCAUUUUCUCUAGUUUUGACGAGUCAGCACUUAAUUUUUCUUUUAGCAAGUUGUUUUCUUGCAACAAUGCUUCUUGAAAAUUACAUAUUUGUGAUUUCUUGAGGGAAAUCUCAUUCUGCAGGUUUUUAUUAAAGUUUUUAAGUCUUUGAUUUUUCAAAAUUAGAGCCACAUUUUCUGAUUUUAAACCGUGAAUUGUUUUAUUCAUUGAAUCAUUUAAAGAUUGUAUCUUCUGAAAUUCUGCUUUAGAAACGUUACUAACAGAGUUGUUUGUUAAAAUAUACUUAAAGAAGGCAUCGUCUUCGUUAUAGAAUGGUAACAUGUUUUCUGCUGUCUUACGUCUGAUAAAAGUUGUCAUACGUUCUUGAUCCCGUUGUUUAGAUAAACUUGACUGCUUGAUUUCGGCAAACUUGUGCACUUAGGCGACACCUGAGAAUACAUACUGGAGAAAAACCUUUUAAAUGUAAUGUGUGUAGUAGUACUUUCAGCCUAAAGAGUUAUCAAAAAAAACACAUGAGAAUACAUACUGGAGAAAAACCAUAUAAGUGUGUUGCAUGUUAUAGUACAUUCCGUCAAAAAAGUAAUCUGACAGUACACAUGAGAAUACAUACAGGAGAAAAACCAUAUAAAUGUGAUGUAUGUAAUUAUAGUUCCAUUUCAAAGAGUAGUCUGAAGCGACACAUGUGUAUACAUAUUGGAGAAAAACCAUUUAAAUGUGAUGUUUGUGAUAUUACAUUCAGGCUGAAAUUUUCUCUAAAGAGACACAUGAGAAUACAUACUAGAGAAAAAACGUAUAAAUGUGAUGUAUGUAAUUAUAGUUCCAUUUCAAGGAGUAAUCUUAAAGUACACAUGCAAAUACAUACAGGAGAAAAACCAUUUAAAUGUGAUGAAUGUUAUAGUUCAUUCAUUCAAAAAAUUCAACUGACAGAACACAUGAGAAUACAUACAGGAGAAAAAGCAUAUAAAUGUGAUGUAUGUAAUUAUAGUUCCAUUUCAAAGAGUAAUCUUAAAGUACACAUGCAAAUACAUACUGGAGAAAAACCAUAUAAAUGUGAUGUGUGCGAUAGUACAUUCAGCUUUAAGUGUUAUCAAAAGAAACACAUGAGAAUACAUACUGGGGAAAAACCAUAUAAGUGUGAUGUAUGUGACUCAGAAUUUAGCCAUAAUAAUAACCUUAGGCGACACCUUAGAGUAUGUACCGGAGAAAGACCAUUUAAAUGUUGUGAAUGUUCUAGUACAUUCGGUCAAAAAAGUCAUCUGACAGAACACAUGAGAAUACAUACAGGAGAAAAACCAUAUAAAUGUGAUGUAUGUAAUUAUUCUUUCACUUCAAAGAGUAACCUGAAGCGACACAUGAGGAAACAUUUCUGACAAAAACCAUUUAAAUGUGAUGAAUGUUAGGUUAGUACAUUUGGUCAAAAAAGUCAUCUGACAAAAGACAUGAGAAUACAUACAACAGAAAAAAACAUUUUUAGAAAUUCUUUGCAAUGGGUCUUUCUGUCCAAUGAGCAAAAUUACACAAUUCAUGAGUAUACAUAAUAAUAGAGAAAGACAUGUAAUGUGAUACAACUAUGAAACAUUAAAUUCAGUCUUAGAUACAUAAAGUCCAAUUGUCCCUUUAAAUGUGACUUGUGCGAAGAUGCAUUUAAGUUAGUGAGUACAUUAAAGAAGCAUAUAAGAAUACAUACUGGAGAAAACCCAUUUGCAUAUGAUUUGUGAUAAAUUCGACAGAGUAAUUUCAUGACAUAUACAAUAAAUUCUUGAGAUGUAAGGUGUUAAAAUGAUGGUACAUGAAGUUAUGUUGUAUCAAUGCACACAUGGGAAUAUAUAUUAGCCGGAGAAAAAAAUUAUAUGUAAUUUAAGUGAUGGAAUUUUCAAUCUUGACAUUUGAGAAUACAUACUGAUUUUUAGGGCCUGAUGGUACUUCAGGACUUAACAUAGUAAUGAUAGUAUUGCAUUUGAAUGUCUGUUCGUCUGUCCAUAGACAAAUAGUUUGCAAACGAUUACUUGAAGGAUAAUCAUAUCAAUGUACAGGAAUCUUUUAAUUGACUUAAUUUUUUUUUAAAUUUCAUAUUUAAGAAUUGAAAUAUUAGUAUUGUCCACCAUGAGGAUCUUUUGUUAAUACAUUGUAGAAUAUGCAUUGUAUAUUUGUCUAUCAAUUCUAAGUAAAAUAUAGAAGAAAAACACAUAUAUAGAGAUUAAAAAAAGACAUUCUUGCAAAGUUGUAUCAGUAACCUUGUUGAUAUCACAUUUUGUAAAACAGGAAAAAGUAAUAGACAAAUAUGAGCAACGAUAUAAAGUGUAGCUAACUGGAAAGGUGUUCUGGUAAAGUGUUGAGGGGGGAAAUAUCCUUUCUAAGUAGUAACUACAAUAUAGCCCUUUCUCAAUUUGUUUAUUGUAUGCUUUCCCUCCUUUUCUGCUUCUCAUACACUGUAUCGACAAAGGCAGUCUUGUAACCUGUAGGAGGUAAACAUUCACACUGCCCAGCGUUUAUGAACAUUUAAAUAUUGCUAGUCAACAAAUAUAUGGUGUUUUACUGACAAAUAAUAUUAUGUAUUUACUCCUAUAAUAAAUAACCACAAAAAGGAUUUAUCAUUUAAUUAACAUGUUUUGUACAUACUACUAUAUGCCUUGCAAUAUUUUAUAUUGGCAAGGUAGAGCUUUACAAACUCUACCUUUUACAAUGAAUUAUGAUAGAUCUUUUGUGGAAGAAAAAUACUUCCUAUAUGUUUGAUUUGGUUUACUUUGACUCUUUUUUCUAAAAUUGGAUUAGGUUCAUUUUUCCUACAUUCCAUUCAUGUCUUAGCCGUAAUGUUCUUAUGCUUUGCUCCACACCUAAAAUUUACAAGCAAGUGCUGAGGCCUUUAUCAUAACCCCUUUUUUGUAACUUUAAUAUUUUUGAUUCACAUUGUUUGUGCUAUGAACACUUGAAAUCGUAAAUAAUAACAGAAGUAAAAUUGAAUUUACAAAUUAUUAAUUAACACAAUGAAAAUUAUAAAUGGAUAAUUACAACCUGGAAAUAUACUUGUCAUUUAUCAGAUACUUGAGCUUAUUAGUUAUAAUUGUGGUAAAGAUGUGUGUUUUCUUUAAUUCUCCAUAGUAAAUUGUAGUAUUUACAACAGCAGCCGUGUACAUGUUAACCUCCUUAGUCCUAGACUCACGCGAUGGGCAUAUGCCCUGUCCUAGCUGUUUUUGUUUGGGGUCUACCUGGGCUCCUGAAUUGCCACUGGUUCUUGUUGCUGGGUCGUGUGGGGGUUGCGUUCAUUGGACGCCACCUUUCCUUGUUUGUUGAUCUUGUUUAUCAUAUUUGUCGAUACAGUGUAUAGCUCUUUCUUAAUUUGUUUAUUGUAUGCUGAUCUUGAAAGUUUGUCACUUGAAAUUAUAUUACACUAAUAAAGAAAUGUUGCCGUC